AUGCUUGGGGCCAAGUCGACACCAGAGUCCAUGUCCGGCAUCGUCUCGGCCAGCGACUCUCAAUCCGAGCCCGAAAACGACGUUCCCCAGCCCGUACCCGACCAAGACUGUUCCCCAGAAGCAUUCGACGAUGAUUUCAACUUCGAUUUCCGCGACGUUGCAUCCGAGUCCGACAUGGAUAGGAGCCCCGACGCCAUUGACACGGCCGAGGGUACUGCCUUCGAAGAGGAAUACCGAAGCACUGAUGGAGCCAUAGUGCCUUCUGAACGUGAAAUUGCUAUUGCAGCUCUCGCAACGCUGGCCAACGAGUCAACGGCAAGCUACACCAGUUGCCCCCCGUAUUCGACCUAUGGCCCUUCCCCGAUAAAGGCCUCCGAAGACUAUUACACCAUCCAAGACUUUAUCCGAGUCAAAUGGGUGGGCCUCGAGAUACAGACCUGGGAGGACGAGCGUCGUCUCCAGGAGGAUACGGCUCGCACGCUUUACGCCUACUGGAGGGCCGAAGGCGGACGCUGCUGUGCUCUGAAUCUUGGACCAGACGCCGUAUACCAUGUUUUCUGGGUUCUUGCCAGUCGUGGGGAGGGCGCCAAGCGGCAUUUCAAGUGUCAGUGGGUAGGAUACCCUGCCACCGAGCAGCAGUGCUCGUGGGAGUCGGGAGCAGUUGUCAAGGUGAUAGCUAGAGAUGCCCUCGCGGCCUACUUUGAUAGGUUGUAUGAGUUUCAGUAG